AUGGAUACCGGCCAACUGUCCCCUAUCAGCACCGAACUCGAGAUUCCCGCCGUGGGUGUAUCCGCAUCCUCUGUGCCGACCAUGAUCCAUUCCGCCACGUCGUCAUGUGCAGAAUCCUGGAGUACUAGCUACAGCGACGGUCCCGAAACGGGCGAGGAAGCUGACCAUGAUGUGUCGUGGGAAAAGAACUCGGACGAUGUAUUGACGGUACCAAAACUUGAGCCGCUCGAGGAUGAAGGCUUCCAGAUGGACGAGGUUAAAGAAGCUCCACGCACGCCAAUACCAGAGCCGAACGCUGCAGCGGCGCCACUGACGAAGAUGAAAAGACCGAGAGGACGCCCCCGAAAGCACCCUCUCACACCUCAGGUAUCGACGAAUAAGGUAGCCAAAGGACGUUCCAAGACCGGAUGUAUUACAUGCCGCAAGAGGAAAAAGAAAUGCGACGAGGCGAAGCCACGCUGUCUGAAUUGUGAGAAGAAUGCUGUUGUCUGUGAGGGCUAUCACGAGAAGACGAUCUGGAAGAGCGGGAAGGAGAAGGCCGAAGAAGAGCGACAGAAGCGGCACAGUCUGCCACACAUUACUCUUCAGCCAAUAUUUCAAGGAGUCGAGACGCCCGAGGACAUGGUCUUCCUCAACCACUACAUCAGUCAUCUAAGUGGUGUGCUGACUGUUGAAGGGCAGCACAAGAACGCGUUCAAGGAUAUGCUGCUCCAGAUGGCGGUGGAGCACCGAGGCCUCAUGCAUUCGAUCCUCUCUGUGGCCAGCAGACAUAUUGACUACGAUACCCCAUACGGCAUCAAGAUCCUCGGGUCCAACCCGAAAAUCAGCCUAACGUCCUUACUAACUAGGUCACACUUUCACCACAACGCGGCCAUGGAGAAGCUCUGCGAGCCGGUGGGUAACGAGAACGACCCGAAGAACAAGGCAAACCUGUCACCCCGUUACGGGCAGAUGCUCUGCCUGUUACUGCAGACGCUCGCAGAAGGGAAUCCCAAUGGCGAGCACCGGGUUCACCUCCAGGCGUACAAGAACCUCAUCCAGCAGUCGCCUCCCCCGGACAACGCGUUUCUGAUAUUCAUCACCGAGUUCUUCCAGUACCGCGUCUUCGCGGACGAGCUCAUCCGGUACCCCGACAUGCACACGCCCCGCCUGGCGACGGAGGACUGGGAGCCCUGGCUCGAGAUCCAGCCCGCGCGUCUGAUUGGCGUCGCCGACGGCCUGUUCCACUACCUGGCGCAGAUAACGUCGAUCCGCAACAACAUCCGCGCGAACAUGGCGGCAGAGGUGGACCCAGUCGUGGAUUACACGUCGCUUUACCGAGCAGCCGAGAUCGACUCCGCGAUCAGGGAGUGGACGCCGCACUGGCCACCGGGCGACAGCCGCGAUCGAGUCGGGCUGCUGUACAAGCAGAUGAUGUGGGUAUACCUGUUCCGGACCAUCUACCCGCCCUCGUCGACCUCGCCACCCGCGCUCUUCACCCAACCAGCGCCGGCAGUGAGCAUCAUCCCCCUGUCGCCGACAUCGCAGCCGCACUCCGCACGCACUCCGCCCACCUCGUCGUCCGAGCGGCCCACGAGCAGCCACACGCAUACGACAACCACCACCACCACCACCACCACCACAACAACAGCCACAGCCCCAACAACAACGAUGACAACGCCACCACGCGCCGACUCCCCGCCGCCGAUCCGCUACCCGCCGCACCACGACCACCGCAUCACCCUCGCCGUCGACGAGUCCCUGGCCAUCCUCGACUCCUUCAAGCCGAGCGACCCGGUGCAGACGCUGCUGCUGGUGCCGUGCCUCGUCAUCGGGUGCGCGUGCUUCGCGCCGGCGCAGCGCGAGCGGGUCCGCGCCGCCAUCAGGACCGUGCGCGGGUACACCGGCCUGCGCAACUGCGACCGCAUCGGCGAGGUGCUCGAGGAGGUCUGGCGGCUGAUGGAGCGCGGCGACUGGACGCGCGUGUGGGAUUGGCAGGGCGUUGCGCGGAGUAUGGGGCUUGAUUUCUCGUGUGCUUGA